GCUGCGCGGCGGUGGUUGGCUGAUGCUGCUGUUUCGUGUUGAUUUUAUUCUGCGUUUCGGGACCGUUACUGGAGCGGCACUGUGAGUGGCACGGAGUUACCGGCGCCCCCGGGAGGCAUGCUGCAGUCCUUCUGUACAGGUUUGAAUUUGUGGCCUAUGGGCAAAGAGUGGCACUGAAUGCUUGCUGAGGGCCUCUCAGAAGCACGCUGGGAUGUUGCGUCAGAACGGAGGAGGUAACAGGCGUGGUUUAGGAUUUUCACGGUUUUCUACCUCAAACUUCUUCACCAUCUCAAAUUCUGCCACCUGGGGAAUGGGGAGAAGCACCAAAAGUAAUUCUCUGAGCAGUAUCAGCACCAACUCCGAUUGCUAUGACAGCUCUGUGGUGGACCCGGAAUACAUCAUGCAGCUGGUGAAUGACGUCAGGAGGUUUGCUGACGUCCUGCUCUAUCUGAAGGAAGCUUGUGUGUCUCCAGAGAAUCAAGACAGCUUACACCAAGUGGUACAUGAACGCCUGGGAGACCUGCUGCGGGUGCUGAAAGGGGUGAUAAGCAAGCACCAAACUCUUAAUUCUGUGGAUAUUCUUGGCGCAGCUGGGACGGUGAUCGCUAAGGUGAAAGCUGUGAACUUCAAAGACAUUAAUGAAGAGAACAGAAGGGAGCAAUUUGGAGAAAUCUUUACAUCCAUUGACACUUUAGCCUUCACCUUUGGCAACGUUGUUUCCGAUUUCCUUAUGGGAGAUGUAGACAAUGGCUCAUCAUUGGGGCUUCAUUCAUCUCGGAGAAGUCGGUCAUUUGAAAAUGUUUCCAUGGAGGACUCUCCUGGGUCAAUUCAUGAGAGAGAUGAUCUUCAAGGGCACCUUCGGGCAGAAGAAGUGGACAGCAUGCUCCUCCGGAUUGAUAGCGGAGUUGAAUCGGCCUUGUCGUACGCCAAAGCGUGGUCAAAAUACGCCAAGGAUAUUCUUGCCUGGGUAGAGAAGAGGCUCAAUAUGGAAGCCGAAGCCGCUAGAAAUCUUGCAAAGAUGGCCGAAGCCGCGAAAUCCAUUGUCGCCCCACAGGAGUUCAUGCCGUUCCAGCCAAUUUUCACAACUGCUUUCCAGAAUGACAUUGAAUGCAGCCAGUUAUGGCUUCAAACCAUCAGUGCACUUCAGAGCAACAAGUUCCUUCAGCCUCUUCAAGCCCGAAGAUCGGAGCUCGACAGACAAAGGAGGGAAAUGAAAGAACUUUGGCAACGAGAACAGAAGAAAAUGGAAGAAUUGGAAACUGCUCUUCGGAAAGCCAAGUUAUUGAACGUUCAAAGGCAAGAUGAGCACGAGAAAGCAAAAUCUAGUACAGUCCGAGCUGAGGAGGAGCAGCUUAGUUUAUCUGGAGGACUCCUGAAAGACGGGAACAAACAAGUGGAGAAGAGGCGACGCUUGGAGCAGGAGGCUUUACAAAAGGCCGAAGAGGCUAAAGAACAUUACAAGGCUUGUGUGGCAGAGGUGGAAGAGAAACGAAUUGAUAUGGAAAAUGUGAAGAGUGAAAUUUUAACGCAGAUACGAGAGCUUGUCUACCAAUGUGAUCUCACCCUGAAAGCCGCAACAGUGAAUUUAUUCCAGUUGCAGCAUGCCCAAGUGGUAUCGCUGCCUGUCAACUGCCAGACCCUCUGUGAGAUUGCCAAGCGCUAUGAGCCAGGUCAGCAGUAUUCAGAGUUUGUGAAGAACCUGCCCAAAGAUGACUGCGGCAUUGAAGUAGGAUCUCAUGCACAGAUUGGACGGCUUAUGUCAAAGGGAGACGAGAACAGUACCCGUGCAUCACAUGGAAACCUAUCCCAAGGUUCUGCCGAAUAUCCCCCCCAAUCUCCUGAAGACAUGGGCAGUCCUUUCUAUAACCGCUCUCAGAAGAUUGGGCAGAAGAGAUCGAGUAGCAGCACUGAUAUUCAGGCCAUAAGAGGUCCACCAUUCAGGUCCUGGUCCACCGGUAACCAGAGCGGAGGCAUGUGCAGUGAUUCUGAGAGUGCAGGGGGCAGUAGUGAGUCCCGUUCUAUGGACUCUCCAUCAGCUAGUCCAGGAGACUUUAAGAGACGCCUCCCUAGGACUCCAUCCACGGGGACCAUGUCAUCGGCUGACGAUCUGGAUGAGAGAGAGCCUCCUUCUCCUUCAGAUAACGGCUUGAAUGACCUCGUUUCUGAGAUUGCCAAUUCCCCAGGACCAUUCCGGAAUACCAUCAUGUCCAAAGCAUCCCAGACACACAAGCUGCGAAAACUAAGAGCUCCCUCCAAGUGCCGAGAGUGUGACAGUCUAGUGGUGUUUCAUGGGGCGGAGUGCGAGGAGUGUUCUCUUGCUUGCCAUAAGAAGUGCCUGGAAACAUUAGCCAUUCAAUGCGGACACAAAAAGCUUCAUGGAAGACUUCAUCUCUUUGGAGUAGAAUUUACUCAGGCCGCCAAGAACGCUCCUGAUGGCAUUCCUUUCAUUAUCAAGAAGUGCACCUCCGAAAUAGAGAGCAGAGCUCUAUCUACAAAGGGCAUUUAUCGUGUGAAUGGCGCAAAGUCCAGAGUUGAGAAACUGUGUCAGGCAUUUGAAAAUGGAAAAGACUUGGUGGAGCUGUCCGAUCUGUACCCCCAUGACAUCAGUAAUGUCCUCAAACUGUACCUCCGACAGUUGCCAGAACCUUUGAUGGUGUUUUCAUUUUACAAUGAGUUGAUUGGACUUGCCAAAGAAAGUCAACGUGCCAUUGAUGAAGUUGACUCCAAAGCAAGUAGCCCUCCAUUAAAAAGGCAACCAUCUGGAGUGGAGCUGAACAGAGUCAUCUUUAAGAUCAAAGAUUUGCUGAAACGGCUGCCGCCGCCUAACUACAAGACCUUACAGUUCCUAGUGGGACAUCUUCAUAGGGUCACAGAAGAAGUGGAAGAAAAUAAAAUGACGGCUAGUAAUCUAGGAAUAAUAUUCGGGCCCACCCUGCUUAGACCACGUCAGACCGAUGCUACCGUAUCACUUUCUUCUCUUGUGGACUAUCCAUAUCAGGCCCGUAUAGUGGAGCUUCUGAUAUCGCACUAUGAUAAGAUAUUUGAUGUGUCACGUCAGAUGAUUAACUCUGAGGAUAGAGAGCAGCAGCAGCAGCAGCAUUUGAGGAAGGUGCAGUCACUGCCGGUGGGGAACGAAAGUGUUAUGCCAUCAAAACGCACCAACUCCCUGGAUGAUGCGUCGUUCGAUUUUAAAGGUGUGGAGGAGAGGUUAAUCCGAAGCCAGAGUGUGGAUAUUGUUGAGGAGAAUGAAAUUAAUGUAAGUGAAUCUGAAGAAAGAGACUCCUCAGAAGCAGGCAGUCCUGUCGUCACCCUGCGUGGUUCAGAUGAGCAAGAUUGUUCCAUGGAUGCCAUUUCAGAGGGUGACGUUGCUGCUAGAAGGAGCAGCUCAGAAGACCUUUCAAACACAAACAUCCCUGUACCUGUAAAAUCUUAUAGGCAAGUAGCCAAAGUUCUGCUGCGGGCUCCUCGGACGAAACCAGUGGUUCGCCCUGUAAGUCUACCUGUGGAUCGUCUUCCUCCUUCUGUGCUGAACGAGAACUCCAGGAAUGUGGGCGUCACCUUAUCUGAUAAACUUGGCAAUAGUCCUAUCAUUGAAGAGGUCUCUGAGAACAAAUCUUUACCCACAAUUAAUUCUUGCCAUAGACUUUCAUGUUACGACUCCCAGAGCAAUCGUAAAACUUGGGAUAAACAGUAUAAACAGUAUGACAUAACGCCGAGGACUGCAAUGAUAAUGACCAAUGUUCCACAGGAGAUCAGAGCCCUCGACAGUGGGCCGACCAGUUUGCCCUCAAGCACUAAUUGUGUAAGUGCCACACUGCCAAAAAUACCAUCUACAACUCAACUCAAGCCCAUUACCACAGAUAAUAACUCUACAGAGCCUAAUGUGCUGUCCAUUUACCGGGCUCCAAGAACUUUGCAGCCCCCGCCAGGAACUUUUUACAAGCCACCGUCUUAUAAAACCAAGCCAAGUGAAGAGACAUCUCAGAGUGACUCUUCCUCUGCAAGUCUGAUGAAAGCUCAAUGUCAGAUUAAUAUCAACAAUGUGAAUCUUAUUGUAGACUCAGACCUGACAACUGACCUUCAGGGACAAGGCAAAAACUCUCAAAAACCCACUCCCGAGGAUAGUCCCCAAACAGAUGUGAAGCCAACCUUUCCACGUCUUAGGCCAAAACGCGUACAGGAACUGGAACACAGAGAGGCGCACUUUGUGUAACGUCAGGACUGCAGCGCCGUCUUCUCCCUCUGGUACGGAGGAGACCCAUGUGCCAUUGUCAGAAUUAUUUUUAUAAGAACUUUUUAACUGGAAAAAAAAACAAAACACUGAAGUGCUUUUUCUAUACAAAACAGUCUAUUGGUAUGCAUUCCAAAAAAUAGAAGUGGCUACUAAGGUGCACUUAGUGAAAUAUAUUAAAAUCCAUGCUUAUUUAUACCACGAAACAGUAUUCAUAUAUGGAUCAAACUGUUUAUGUAAAUUUUGUUUAGUAGCUAAAAAAAAUAAUAUAGCAUUUCUAUAUGACAGCAGCAACAUUUGCUGAAGGAAAGCGUGUAAUCUGUGCAAUCAAAUUGUACUCGAGGAUGCAUCUCUUUAUUGUACUUGUAUAUUUUAUUACUCCUGUUCUCAUCCGUUGCCGGUUUCUGUGUUGUCACUUUAAUGUUAUUUUGACAGAGAAGAUGCACUUAAAAUGUAUUUUUUUUUUUUACGCAAAAGUAUAAAAUAGAGGAGAAAUAGGUCGGCUCAAAAAGGGUUCCUGAGAUGUCAAGACCAGAACUCAUCGAUUUGUGGAGAAUUCUGAAUGUGGUUUCUCAGUUAUGAGUGAAACGCUGAAGAUCGUAUACCCCCUUGUGAACUGUAGCAUCAUUUCCUCUUCAAGUCGUAGUGGUUCCCUUCUACUGAUUUUACAGCAAUCACUUCAUGAUUUGCUUAGUAUGGUCAUCCCCUCACCUCAACCACAAGUUACAACAUGCGCCCAGUAAAGGUCCAAGACAUAAGUGUAGAUAUUCCUAUAAUUCACAAUGUUGUACAGUCUUUCCCAAAACCCCAACUCCUUUUUUUUUUUGCUGAAAGGGAUUUUUUUUGCCUUGGACAUGUGUCCAUCUCUGGGCAGCAUCUUAUAGAGCAGGAGCAGCUGAGAAGAUUGAUGUAUGUUUUUAGGAAAAGGAUCCGUAUAACUUGUUUGCCUUUGAAUCCCUGUUCAUUUUGGGAUUAGGCAUCCAGUGGACUCCCUAUCAAUGUGCAUACAGAUAGGAGUCUAGUGGGCGGUUCAAAUCAGUGGCUAAGUCUAAAAUAACCAGAGAUUUAAACUAUGGGAGAGAUUUGUUUUCUCCCAGCGCCUGAAAAGCGUCAUUAAAAAGUUGCAGACUAUGUGUUUGCACUUUUUUAAAUGUGACUUUAAAAAAAUAAGGGGGCUUGGCCAGCAGCCACAAUAAAUUUGUCUUCAUUUACACUAGUUUUCUCAGAGCUGCCGUAGAUUUCGGUUUAGGCGCACUAACUGCUGGAGAAUGCACCUAAUUAAUGAUGAUACCUGGGCCUUAUCAUAAAUUAGGCACAAUCCUCUGGCAACGCAGGGGAUAGCAAGACCACCGCAGACUGGUCAGUUCUUCUGUUUGGUAAUGUGUUGCCUGCAGAUCGGACAUUUAUGUUCACCUUGAUAGGUCUCCUUUACAGGUUGCCCAGAUAAGGGUCAAAGUGAUGAGGGUCCACCAUAUGGGGCCCCCAUCAGUCUCAAAAAUAUAUGAAUUCUUGGUCCCAUUUUUCAGUGAAGUAGUGGUCGCUUCUCUCUCAGUUCCAUAGCUCACAUUUAUUUCAGCAGCUAUAACAAUAAUAGGUCAAAGAUUAUUUUUCAGUUAGGCAUCUCAACUUCCAGAUCCACCUCAAUUUAAGUCUUUAGAUCUGGGCUUUACAUGCGGUAUGACGAAACCCUGUACAUUUGGAUUUGACCCAAAUGAAUUUAUAGCAAGAUUAUUAUUGACCUUGAUCAGAUUCUUGUUCUCAAUGGCUAAUGGACAGAAAUGAGAAGUGGAAUACAAUUGAUUGUUCAAGGAAACUCCAGUACUUAUGUUUUGACUACUUUUGAAUGUUACACACAUGGAUACCACAUCCCCACACUAGAUGCUAUUGGAAAUGUCUUCCAUUCAAUGGUUGCCUGGCAGUUUUAGUAUGAUUGUAACAUAUUUUAAUUGUAUCCCUUCUUUCACAUUUAAUUUUUUUUUUUAAAUUAAAGCUCAGCCUAUCACUUCACUGCAAGCCACGUCAUGAGUCCAAAAAUGGCUGCCUUAAAGGGGUUUGUCCAAGAUUUUGCUAGUGAUGGCCUAUCUUCAGGAUGGGCCACCCGUGUCUGAUCAGGUGGGUCAGACACCUCGCACCUCUACCGGUCAGCUGUUUCAGAGUAGCUCCAGCUUCAGAAGUCUGUGUCAGAACUACACCGCGCCAACCACUGUGUAGUGGACGUAGAUAAUGCAACACUGCUUCCAUUGAAGUGAAUGGGCAGUGUUGUAGUAACCAACACUGUCCACUACACAAUGGACGGAGCUGUGCAGUUUCAGCAGCGGCUGAAACAGCUGAUCGGCAGGGUGCUGGACCGCCACCAAUCAGACAUUGAUGGCCUAUCCUGAUGAUAGGCCAUCGCUUGUAAUUUCCUGAUAAAGGGAAGGUUUUAAUUGUCACAGAUCCAUCAGCUUUACGCGUUCAGUGUGUUUGGUUCUGUUGCCAUUUCCACUGUACAUUGGAAAUACUGUAUAUUUAUAUGGAAGGGAAGGCAGUAUUUCUCACAAUGUCAACGCAUUACCCUUAUACAACCAAAUGACUACCAAAUAUGCCCCUUUUAUGUGCAUCCCGUGUUUUUAUAUUGUAUUAAAUAUAUAUGUAUUUUUUGUUAUAUACAAUUCAACUGUUACACUCGAAUAUAUUAACUUUUUAACAUAUUCCCAGAGUUCAUGGUUUAUAUAAUCUUGGUUUCUUUUUAACUUAUUAAGAUGUAGAUUCUACACUCGUGGCCAAUUUUAAUGCUUGUGAAGUAAGAUUUUCUUUCACCUAUCAGGCAUACUCUCAAUCUAAAAUGACACGCGUUGUGUGCACAAAUGUAUAUUACAAAGGUUUUUUCAUAUUAAAUAUAAAGUAUUUUAUUACA